GGACGGUUGUCGAUAUGUCGAGAAGCGUUUGACCUAAGCUGGCUAAUAGCACUGUGUAGCACCCACUCGUGAUCUGGCGUGGAAUUUAUGGUUGGACGCCUUCAGCUAGGGUGUGUCCAGUAAAAUCAGUGAGGUCAGCAUCGACCUUGAAGACCUAAAGAGCUACAUAAUUUGGGGGAUUUAUUUGCCACUACAAACGCGAUGUAACUAUACAUUAAUGAGCAUUAAGUAUCUAAAGUAAUGAACUGGGUGAUAACAUGUCUCAUCUAUUUGUCUUCUUUGAAACCAACCUUCUAUGACACUAUAAGAAGGUUCAUAAACUGCUAUCAAAUAAGCUGGGAUCGGGAUGCCCUACAUGAAUAACUAAUAUUAACCCCAACAUUGUUUUCGAGAAGAAAAUUCGGUUAUGUUUUGAAAAAGCUGUAAGAACUAACGCAAGUCACUUAAAAUACUAUUUUUAUUGCCGAAGAUUAAAGGUUGAGAUAUUGAAAAAUACGACGGCCAUUCAAAAAGUGAGUUACCAUGUGUAUUUGAAGGUAAACUUCCUACUCAACUAUUGCAGUUAUUUCACGCCUUAGGUAAUGUAAAGUCGGCAUAUUUCACACUGAUGUAUAUAAACCUAAAUAGCUCCCAAGUUGAAAGAGAUCUGGGAAUGUUGGCAUCCUAUGAUAUAAAGUUUUACGUUAACUGCUACAAAAAUGCGUUUCGAGCAAACCUUGCACUGGUGAUAUUUGAGUGCAUUUUUAGCCAGUUUGACGAGUGUGGAAAUAGUAUUUCCUCCCUCACUCUAAAAAGAUAAGGGUACACUGGAACGUAUCCGAUGGAGCCACGAUAUCAGUUCGGGGAAUCGAAUCCAAGCCUUAUGAAGAGCACAUCACGCCACGAAACCGUCACUCAUUAGACUAUAGUCGUCUCAGAGGUGACCUAAUAACUUACAACAUCCUAAACUGCUCUGGAAUCCCUUUAAAUACCUACUUAAGCUCAGUCCCAACACAAACGUUAGGGAUAAUACCUAGAAACUGGAAGCACAACAUAGCAGAACGGACUGCAUGUAUACCUUCUAUUCCUUAGGAGUGGUCAAAUGCUGUCAUUCGCUGCUUGUCGAUCUGGUCCGUGAAACUCCCCAGGCGUCCUUUAGGUGACCUGCUUCGGUUUGGGCACCCAGGCAGUAUCCUGACCGUCUCUUACUUACGAAAUAAAAUUCUGUAGGUUUAAACUAUUGCAAUCAAAAUACUUGGUAAUUUUAAUUUUGAAUCCCAACUCUUUAUUACACUCAAAUGCCGUAGUCAACAUGUAGAGGUUCAAAUACCUCUACUUCAAAGCCAUAGUGCUGUUUGACCAUUCUGUUUUUUCACGUACAUGGUCUCAAUCAAACAAAAAAGAGGAAAUAAAGGAGAAAUUUCAAAAUAAUUUCCCACUUGUUGCCUACAAGGGGCAAAAAGACAUUUUUCUAAAGUAUUACACGUCAUUGGGAAAGGUAGACUUUUCACCUCAAUACACAUCAAGUUUAUUUAUUUAUUUGAACACAAAUAUUAGUACAAGGAGGCACUAGAUACAUAUGAGCCUUUACUUUCCUUUUUUUGUUUUGGGUCUAUCGAAACCAUUAUAUGACCUGUCGCGAAUGCGUGUCAACCCCAGUUACCGAAUUAGCGCAAUAUGAAUACUGAAAUUGGUCCGAAUAGUAGUAGAAUCAACUAUGAGAAUCUUUUCCACCACUUUAUUUGUCCAUAAUUUUUCUACCUCUUGUUUUCUGUUGUUGGUAUUAUUACUUCCAUCCAUUUGAUAUCUUCCCGUAAUAGUAAAUCAAGAUGAUUUGGAAUAGUAUGCAUUUAUAUCGAACUAUACUGUUUGUUUUGUGUUAGGUCAUAGUGUUUAUUUUUCUCAUCUGAUUUGUAGUUUACCUUUCGAAUAACUAAUCUAUGUAUUCAUAAUUUCAGACCUAAUGAUUCAAGAAUCGACAUCUGUUUGUGUUGUUUUUAGUGGGAAAAGAAAAUCAGGCAAAGAUUAUACUGUUAAUCGUCUGACUAAUCUGCUCCAAUGUAAUCAUCUUUCUUGUUUAGUAGUACGAAUAAGUGAACCAAUUAAAUCGUAUUUCGCUGAACAUUAUGGAUUGGACUUGUCUGAAUUAUUGUCCUCGAACGAAUAUAAAGAAAAAUAUCGAAAACAAAUGAUUGAUUGGAUGGAACAGGAAAUUAGGCAAGAUCCUUAUAUAUUCACCCGGAAAUCAUUGCUUGAAAGUAUUAGACGAUGUGGGAUACCUCAUCCUGAUAUUAUUAUUAUCUCAGAUGCCAGAAGGACAAAUGAUGUGGAGUAUCUCAUCAGGACAUUUGGUCGAUCCAAAUGUUUGUUAAUACGUAUUGUCACACCUAUAGAAGUUAGAAUCGAACGGGGUUGGUCAUAUGUUGAUGGGGUUGAUAAUGCUAUGUCCGAGUGUGGAUUAGAUGAAUUCACUUGUUGGGAUUACAUUUUAUCCAAUGAUGGAGACGAAAGUGCAUUUAAAAACCAUUUAAACGAUAUUGUUGUACUCAUUAAAGAAGUGCGGAAAUGAUCCUAUUGCUUAUUAUGCACUCAUUGAUAAUAAUGUUUGAUGCAAGUGUAGUCGUUUACGUUGUAUGGACACUUUCAACAGGCGUUUACUGCAACAAUGCUGAGACGUACUUUUGAGCACUGUCGCAACUGAACGAGUUUACAUCUCAUAUGAUCGUUAUUCUGGCUACAAAUUUCCAGAUUGUUUGAGAAAUAAAUCUUGUUUGGUUAUUGGAAAUAGGAUACCGAUCUACUUCAGAAAAUCCCAGUCGACUCAUGUCUAGAUUUAUCCAUUUAUGAGAUUGUUCCUGCAUAACUCAUGAGAUCUGACUUUAAAACCCUCACGGUCAAAUAUAUAUUCAGUGUACAUCAGAUAGUCAAUAUCUUCAUUUUUAGUAAAAGCAGUUUUUUUCCUGAGUAUGUCACCCAUCAUUUUCUUAAUACAUUUUUAUAGACAUAUUCUUUUUGUACUAUUGAGACUUUAAUAUUUGCCGUAGAUCCAACUUCGUUAUUGCUUAUUCUAAAAAAAUGUUAAAUUCAAAGGAAUUCGCCAUGAAUAAUGGCUGGUUAACCGUACAUAACUUGUCCUAACCGCCCCAGUUGAUGAAGAUACACAACCUCGUUAAAUCUGUCCUCUAACUUGUAUUUAGCCAACUACUACAUUUAUAUUUUAUGGAGUUAUACAAUGCGGUAGUAACAUGUUGCUUAGUUUCAAAUUCCGCAACACAGGCUUUGUACUUGAGUCUCUCCUAAGAACUAUUAAUUUAUUAAUAGACUUUUCCCAAUUGGUGGUGUUGUUUAGGUAGUGGUGUAGCCGUUUUUGUAUUGUUUAUUUGAAUCUUCCCAUUGGUGUUUAGGAUUACAAUUAGUCAGUUUCUUAUUGGUAUAUGUUUGGGGCAAACGGUACUGUGUUCGAGUCCUGGUGUGAACAUCAACUCUAGGAUGCAAGUACAUCCAGCCGACGAAAUGCACGUCCUGGAUUCCAUUACUAGCCACCAUCCAUCUUUGUUUACAAUAGUGUAACCACUUGUUACGAUUAGACUAUGUUCCAUCCAGUACACUUCAUUAAUAUAUCUUUAAGUAGAAUUCUCAUAUUGUUCUUAAUUAUACGUUUAAAAGUCCUUCGUAGUACUUGCACUACCUAGUCGAAUCAUUUCAAAAGAUGAGAAAAUAAAGUAUUCAUUUGGGUUAUCACAUUAUUUAAUAAUUCAACUCAAAGUAAAUCGCGAAUUUGUUUCGAAUUAACUGCAACUCAUUUGCUGAGCACGGGUUGUGUAUUCAGCUUUGAGCAGGGCUUUCUAUUUAAGAGCUUUUGUUAUUAUUCUGUUGUCCAGACUAAAGUAACUGGAAUGAAUUUUGAAACCUAGAUAGUGCUGAUUGUAAAAAAGCUGUAUGGAACAAAAGGCAGUCACACAUUAAGGAGGCAGUUUCUAAAGAACAGCCGUCUGUACUGAUCGAUGCAUUUAUUCAUCUGGUUUAAAAAAUUCACCACUACGAAAUCUAAAUUGUAGAAGGAUUCCAUUUUCGUUAGUUUGGCUAUUAGUCUUGUUAUAAAGGAGUUUAUGGUUUAUUAACAUUUGAUGCAUAGAUAAGUAGCAAACAACUGAUCAAAAGUAGUGUCAUACUGACUUUUCUAAAUGUGGAAAAAUCGUUUUCACCCAUCAGUAUCACAAGUGAGGGCGGCUACAAUCGAUGCAUUCACCUUAGCUGACAAUGACACCAAUCAUGACGAUAAACAAAGUUCCUGUAGUGCAAGCACAUUCUCAUCAGAUAUUCUCUUUGUUGCUGUAGUUAUUUCCAAUAUUCUUUCUAGGCUAUAGUAGUUCAAACUUUUAUCUAGUAAGUAGUAUAAUGAUGGUGGAUCAAUAAUAGUAUGAAGACCAAUAUAUCUUCAAGUUGAUAUCUACUGCGAUAUAAAGUAAAAAAUAUCUGUUCAGCAAGUUCUUUUUUCAGUAAAUUUGUUCCUAAAGUUGAAACAUGCUUUAUUGACAAUAAUAAUCGGUGACAUUAUUAAUGAAAACAAUUUACUCGCCAUAUUGACAGUGCAGCAAAAGUGUUUAUUGUUAAAGUAUAUAUAUUCGUUAAGAGCUUGAAUAUUCAUUAAGAAUGUCAUUAAAGUUAGUUGAUGAUUAGUAAUUGUAAAAGUGAGAAAAAUACUGGAGUGGGGUGUAACGAGGAGGUAUGUUGAAACGAAAAUAAUCCGUAGUUCAAAUCGUGAACCGAUCUUAGACCAUGAUCGUAAAUCAAAAAGCACUGGACAGCUGUUUCGUCAUAGUACGAGACAGCAGUGUAUACCCACGACUCCACAACCCGAAAGUCUUGGGUUUGGUACCUUGUGGUCUCAUACUAGAAAGAAAAAACUGUUCAGUGCUUUUUGAUCUGCUGUGGUGGUCUAAUUAAAAUCGGUUUAUUAUUUGAACUACGGAAGCUCUAUAAUCUCCACUUUUUAAUUGAAGUAAUCCGCUUCCUGUUAAAAGGUCAAUAAAGUAGUGGAACGGUGGAGGUUAAGAUCAUUGUAAUAGAAGUCUGGAUAGGUAUCUUUAGUCUGCAUAGUUUCUAGAUUCACGACAAAAGCUUCAAUAAUCCAUAGAAGACAGAAUUUCAGUGUUUCUGUACGCUAUAUCGGUAACUUUUAACAGUGAGUGUGUCUUUAUCGGAUUAUUCGUGUUCACAAGGUAUUUUCAAUUACCAAGCUUCCUAUAGUUAGGUUUCUACUUUUAAUAUCUAGUCUGUCUUCAAAUUCUUUAGGAUCAUUAACUAUUACAUAUUGAACUAAUUGCCCAAAAAAAUUGUGGGAUACUUUAGGUGUGUUCACUUUUGAUACAGAAACCAUUUGUAUGUCGUUGAAAAUCUAUACAAAUGUUGGACCCAAGAAAGUAGAUGAUCAAUAAAUCUUUGAAAGGUUUGUACACGAAAAUUGUAGUUUCAUAAUUUAAAGGUGAAUAAUUCGUUUGCAUUAGAUUCAGCUAUGUUAUUUGGUUUUGAAGAAAUGUAAUUCCGUAAACUAGUUAACUAUACAUUUGACAGCAUCCGCUCCACAGCUAUGAAACCACUAAAAUUAUUGUUCAGUGAGUAGGACUUCCUUGUCAGUGGCUGUAUACGCGUGGCCAUGUGAGAGCAUUGGAAGAGGGGAGCUAACUCUUGGUAUUUAGCAUGCCUCAGUAGAGUUAGGCACAUGAAUAUUUUAGUUAGUAAAACGCACUGAUAAAACUGUUCACUUUACUUUAUUCAGUAAAACUCAAUGAGACAUGUCUACUCAAACUGUGGAAGUAUCAGCCUGUUCGAAUACUUUGUCACAACAUAACUUCCGAUUUGUUUUAACCAAAUAUUUAUGUAUGUCAACUGAGUAAUUUAACUCACGUGCAAUAACCUAUUUCCAUACUAAAUACUGCGAUCGGAAACAUAUAUUAUCCUAUUAUAGUAUGUUUUCUGGCUAAUCCAAACUCGAUAUAAUUUGGAUUUAUGUACACUAAGAAAAAUACAACAUAUGUAAUUAGAUUUAAAAUGUUUUGAGGGGGUAAACUAACCAAAAGCCUUUUGGAGUUAUAAAUACAGAAUGGUUAAACAUUGUUUUAAAGACAUCAUUCAAUAUGCAUGUAUAUUUGAAACUUUUGUACUAAAAUUUAAAUUGCGAGAAAGGAUUUAUGGUAGUCCAUAACUUACUGAUGAAAAUUCCCGAAUGAACAGUAGUGAAUAUUGUCAGAAUGAAGAUUUGUGGAGAUUGUAGUAGUUUUAAUGGUUGAAUUCACUAGUCGAUGUAAGCUAGGCCACCAGUGAAAAUCUGGAAGUACUGGACGGCCAUUUCGUUCUAGUAUGGGACUCCUCAACAGUGCGCAUCCACGAUCCCGAACGCGGAACUCUAACCCACGACCUUUUGUCUCACGCGAACGCUUAACUUGUAGACCACUGAGCCGGCAUCAAUCAGUUUUAAUGUCUAACUUCAAUCGAUUCAUGAUCUUGUGGUGAUCUAGCUUAAAUCGACUCAUGAAUUCAACUAUUAAAAGUGAUUAUUACCAGAUACCAGUGAAAUUUGUAAAUCAAGUUUCUAAAUAAAAUACAGCCCUUCACCGUUACUUAAGACAACUAAAGUUUAACAGGAACUUGAUUCAUUGUCUAAUUCAAACUGACAGCCUCAGAAUAGCCAACCGAAGUUAUUUUGCCAAUAUAUCUCAGUAUUCGUCUAUUUAAUCAAUAUGAGACUUAUUUCCACAGAUGUAUAGUGGAAAUUUUCCUCGAUUACAUUUAUUCAUAAAGACUAAAUUUAUAAUGAAAGAGAAAAGGUUGGAUAAAUCCUAUUCUAAAGAAACUCUUCAUUAAGUAAUUACUUAUCACGAUUUAAGCGUACACGCAAUAGAGACGUAUUUAUUAAUGUAUGUAAGUUUUGUUUCACGUUUUGCUUGUUUCAUUUAUAAAUAUACAACACCUAAGAUAACAUGAAAAAACCAACAUUAUUAUUAUUAUUGUCAUUAUUAUUAUUAUUAUGACAAACUUAAAUAGAAAAGCAUAAUAAUGAUAUCCAGAAGGAACGAAAGAGACUGCAUCCAGUUCAUUAGAGUAUUACAUUUAAUCAACAAUAUUCCGAAUCACCACGUAUUUUCUUCUUUUUAACAAUUCAUUAUUAAAAUUUAUUGCUUAUUUCAAAGAAAAAUUCUAAUGAUAAAAUAAAGUUGAAAAGAAUAUUAAGAUUUAUGUUUAGAUAACUGUUAUAAAAUAAUUAAAAUGUUUUUCUUAUUACUAAACAAAGAAUUAUUUCACUUACACGUAUAUAUUAUGUUAAUCAUGAAUAAUUAUUAUCAGAAGGGGGUUUUGUGGAGAUUUUAGUAAUUUUUAUAGUUGAAUUCAUGAGUCAAUUGAAACUAGACCACUAUGGAAAACCUGGAAGUACUGGAUGGCCGUUUUGUCCUACUGUGGGACUCCUCAGCAGUGCAUAGUCUACGAUCUUAUACCGCGAGAUUCGAGCUCAAGGCCUGUCAGUCUCACGCGUAAACGCUUGACCUCUAGAUUGUUGAGCCUGCAUUCAACGAUGUUAAUGUCUAACUUCGACCAAUCCACGACAUUGAGCCACUGUCAACCAUUGUCUUCAGUGAGUUACUGUCUCACAACAGACCUGGUUGAACUUCACUGGUCACUGCUUCUCACUAGAACGCCAUUCACUAGUGAGCAUAUGGUGAUUAUUAUUAGAAGGGGGUUUUGUGGAGAUUGAUAGGUCCUGGGUUCGAAUCUCGUGGGGUGGGAUCGUGAAUGCGCACUGCUGAGGAGUCACAUACUAGGACUAAACGACUGUUCAGUGAUUCCAUGGUGGUCUAGCUUCAAUUGAUUCACAAAUUCAGCCAUAAAUAAUUAGUAAUGUACUAAACUGAACUAUUACGUCUGAAUUUCAUUCCCCUGAUCUUGAGACUUUCGAUUAAAUGUACAAUAUUGAUAAACUAACAAAACUACUUGACGUUAUUCGAAUCAAUAGCAAGAUGAAUUUCCCGAAAAGCAAGAAGUAGAUAAUUUGACAUACUUACUUACUUACAUACGCCUGUUACUCCCAAUGGAGCAUAGGCCACUGACCAGCAUUCUCCAACCCACUCUGUCCUGGGCCUUCUUUUCUAGUUCCCUCCAAUUCUUGUUCAUUUUUCUCAUGUCUAUCUCCAUUUCUCGGCGUAAUGUGUUCUUUGGUCUUCCUCUUUUCCUUUGACCUUGAGGAUUCCAUGUGAGGGCUUGUCUUGUGGCGCAGUUGGGUGCUUUCCUCAAUGUGUGUCCUAUCCACUUCCAG